GUUAAGUUGGCAUUGGAAUUGAAAGUAUGAAAAAGAAACUACAAUAGCUGUAUGAGGUAAUUUGAGUUAUUUUUAGAAUAAAGGAAAAUCUUAAUGUUUACAACAAAACUUCACUGUAAUUACGGGCACAAAUAUAUAUAUAUAUAUGUUAAAAUAACUUCUAAAGACGUAAAAAACGAAAAAAAAAAGGAAGCAAAGGACUUUAUUUCAAGUGUUGAAAGCCAAAAAAAAGGGGCAUCCUUGCCUCAGACUUUUUCUAAGGGCUCGACAGUUAUUUGCACGUGUGCUCCACUAUGUUAGUUUGCCAUGAUGGAUAUUGUUUGAUCGUCUAAUUUUGCGCGCGCUCGUUCGGGGCGCGUGCAGCAAAUUUCAACGUAAUAAAAGAGUGUGAACCACAAAUCGCGUUAUAGGAUGUAGCCGUUUCAGCCGCGUUUGGGUAAAUCGCUCAAGAAAUUUAGCCAUGAUAACGUCAUUACCGCGCCUCAGAGAUCAUAAGGCAAACGUUGGAGAAAUCGUGCCUCGUCUCGCAGCAGACAGGAGAAAGAAGAUCUCACAGGUUGGAAAAGUAUUCCCAAAAACUUUGGUUCAAGAGCAAAUCGAUGAAAAACUUGAUUUUCACUGCGUUAGUCUGGAGAAAGACAAAAAUAUUUUAUUUCCCACCGUGGGGGUGGAGAGCGGUUCGAAGAGUCCUGGGAUAGCGGGCAAAGUACCUACACCAUCUGUGGAGACUGGGGACGGCCCAGAGGUCACUCUUCCGGAGUUACCCAGUGUGCUUGGCGGGCGUCGCGUCUCCCCCUCGCCUGGUCCAGAUAACACUGAACCGCUGGAUCUGCUGAUCAAGGGUGAGGCUCACAAAAAAUCUCAGACUGAAAUUACCGUAGACACGGUUGAACCUGUCUCUGAUAUGGCGGUAGAAGAGGUCAUUAUUUCCAAACUCGAACCAAUCAUUGACUCUCUGUUUGAAGACGAUGAGCUUUUUGCACAGGAGUUUGAAGAAGAUGGUCUAAACCGUGUCCUGUUCAUAAAAAAGAUAGGAAUUUAUGUUGAGAUAAAAACCAAAGACUACAUACCGGGAGUGUUUUGUACGCCAUUGUUCCACUGUCCAAGAUGUAAAGAGCAUUGGGCAGAAUUUGGAUCUGUGCCAGCAAACUGUCAGUUACCACAGCAACCAACUCGUGGGCCUGCAAUACACCUGGCCAGUAAUAUAAAGCGGAGGUUCAAUGACUGGAGGAGGAAGACCAAGAGAAGACUUGGAGACAUAAAGGAAGGAUACAUUGUAUCAGGAAGUGGGACAGUACUAAACCAAAUUAACGGACAAGACACCAAUACUACCCUUGGUAACGACAGAAAAUCACUUGACUAUUUGUUGUCUAGUGAGGAAGCGCUUGAAGAGUUGAGUCUUGGUGUUAUUGAUUCUGGGACAAAGAUAGAAGCGUUUAGAGUCCUUAGAGUGGAUGAACAGACAUUAGACGAGGAUUAUGUGAAAAAAGUCGCAGAUGCACUUGGUUUUAGUCAAGAGCAAUAUGACGAUUUUGCGCGAGUCAACUUGAACAAAGUGAGAAUGGACUAUGAUGUUGAAUCGGACGGAAAAACAUCGUUUAAGUCGCGGCUAGAUUUAUCAAUGUUGGAUAAUAUAUUAAUAAAGGAUUUGCCUGAGAUCAUCAAAGAAAAGUUGUUGUCGAUACUGCGAUUACAAAAACAAAGAAUGAGAAGGAAAAAGAAGAAACAGAUAGCGACGUCUAUGAAUGGUCCUGAUUCUGUUGAAGGGAACUACGCCCAAAGUGAAAAUACGUCUGAAAACUUUUAUAUCCAAGGAUUUGAUGACGAGGAUACAGAACAUGAUUCUAACUUAAUUGAAAAUGGAAUAAGGGCUUCAGUGAAAAUGAACAGAAUAAGAAGAGAAAAUAGUGGAAAGCAGGGAAGAGGGCAGAGAACUGGAGAGGGCCUGGGGAAUAUGAGUGAACAAGAAACUCCUGGUAGAAAAUUAUCAUUGGCUGGGGGAAGUCAUAGGGAUACAUCAGCCCGCGAAGGAAGAUCAUCUCGAGUGUCCACUGCUUUAUCUUCACGUUCAGAUGGGAAAGAAUUUUCAGCACCAAGAUCACCAAGUAAUGUCCUGGUCUACAAAGAGUUACAGAAUCAGCGACGCGCUCGUAAAAAGAAUACUAGCGUAAAUAACAGAUCAGGUCAACCAGAUACGCCUUUUCAGAGACUUGGGAAACAUUCCAUGACUGUGCCCGCAAACAGCCCUUCAUUUUUUGCUUACGAUAAUGUUGAUUCUGAUGAGGAGACCUGGGAACAAGGGAAGGCUUUUAGAAUGGGUUCCAGUCGUGAUGGUAGAAGAGAUUUACUUACAUCGCACAUGUCCGAAAUGUCGCGUGGAGCUCACGAGACCGAUUCAAAUGCAUACUUCAUGUCUGACCCGCCACGUAGUGUUAAAGGGACUGAGUCACACUCCUCUAUGUUGCAAAAGUACAGCAGGGCAGUUGGAAGUGCGCAUGCUCGAAAGGAUGCAUCUUUCUCUAAUUUAGAUGAUCAGGCCUCUUGGGGCACUAACGAUGGAAGUAUUUACAACAUCGGAGACGACCCAUCAGGCUCCAGAUCAGACAGACCGCGCCGUUUUAUAAGAAAAAAGGAAAAGGGAGAUGCUGUCAAGAGGCCUGGAAACCACUACCAUAGCAGAGUCAUAGACGAUAUGCCCGUAGGCCAAGGAAGUCCGUCCAUGAGUCACGUGACACCGUCAUUUGUUGAAGCUAAUGUGACGUAUGGAUCAAAAGCGAGGUUAAGCCAGGCCCAUAUUUCACUGAUUGAUGUUAAUAGUCCUUCACUGUGUAGCACGAUUACGGGAACCCAGGAACAUAGGGUCUCGUCAGCGCUCAUAAAGCGAUCCUUACGUUCUGCUUCAGAAAAAGAGCCGUCCCAGAGAAAGCAAGAAACAAUCGAAUUAGAAUGCAUGUCGCGGAAACAAGAUAAUUACGCUCCUCAAGACAACCAGGAAACUGUCAUCCGCAUAGAGAGUGAUUCAACACAUUUUGUGCAAGCUCAAGAAAACCAGACCAGUCCAAAUGAGGAGCCCGCUAAAAAGCCCGGUGCAAAGGUCUUCAGACGGACAUUUGAAGAAGAGUACAAACCACUCGUUUCAUUGGAGGAUUUAAACUUUAUUCAUAGACUUCCGGUAUCAAGUGCGUUUACGUAUUCGUUUUAUGAGCUGCCCAGUCAGCAUCGAGUUCACAAUAAUUCAAUCAAGCAGGCCGUUGGCCGAAUCGGUCGACGCAAAAAGAAGGGAACUGCCCAAUUUCGGAGUAAAAGUGCUCCUUGAGAUAAUGUAAUGCUUCAAUAACAUCGAAAUAUUUUGUUCAGUUUAGUCGAGGAUAUCGUGUCUGAUGUUAAGUUCCACUGAAUUUCGUCCACACACACUCCCUACAUAGACCACGUUGUUUAUUCUGGUAACCACCUGCUUCAGUGCGGUUUGAACUUGUUGAAGAAUCAACACAACGAACCUGAAAGGCCAGGUAAAAAAACCAUCAAGUAACUUAAAUUCAAUUGAUCUCUGAGAAUUUACUUUCUCUUUAAUGAUAGGUUGAAUAGUAGUAAAUGAGUUAGCUUUUAUUAAUAAACUAUAUUGAUUACCAAUCUCACCUAUAUGCAAGUUUCUACCGUUUUUCGAAUCCAAUAUCCGGGGUGAAACGUUGGCGAACAACGACUGGUAAUUGAGCUUGUAUUUUGGCUUACGCAAAGAAUUCAAGAGUACCCCAAUUCAUCAUAUAACUGUCCCUUUUAAAACCAAAAAUUCAACUCAAUCAAAGAUCAUCUUAAAAAAAAAAAAAUUCAGAAAAAUACGCUGAAAAUCCUCGCACAUGGGUUUGUGAUUCACCUCUUGCGACAGCUUGCAUCUGGCUACAAACACUUUACUACCUUAAAUCCGUGAAAUAUCUUGGAAGGAAUGUUAUGGUAUUGUUAGAUUUUCAUCCGGCGAGGAAAAGAACUAGGUCAAUCAUUGGUAAGCCUUUUUGCAAUUUUAAUGCAUUGUAGAACAUAUGCAGUUUUUCAUUUACCUUAAACGCAACAAAAUUAUUUUUCAGGUUUUGUCACGCUUUGCAGUUGAAUUCGGCCUUCUAAAUCGGCUGACCACAGCGCUCUUUGUAAAAGAGAGAUCCAUUAGUUCGGAGAGCAGGGGCACUUAAGUUUAAAAGAUUGUUAUGCGAUAAAAUGAAAAUACGCAGACAAUGAGCUUCUGUCUAAAUUUGUGUAAACGAUUUGUAUUUAAUUUAUUUACACUAAAAAUGAUACCGGACAAUUCUUUCACAAUUUCACGAAUAUCACUCAGUGCAAAGGAUUAAUUACGUGAGCCUUCAUACUACCACUGAAGUAUCACGUUUUUU